UCUGGCCGGGCGGGCGAGCGCGCAGGCGCAGAGGGCGGGCACGGGCGGAAUGGGGACUGCGGCUGCUGCAGCGGCGGCGGCCGGGGAGGGGGCGCGCAGCCCGAGCCCCGCCGCCGUGUCGCUCGGCCUGGGCGUGGCCGUAGUGUCGAGCCUGGUGAACGGGUCCACGUUCGUGCUUCAGAAGAAGGGCAUCGUGCGCGCCAAGCGGCGAGGUACCUCCUACUUAACAGAUAUUGUAUGGUGGGCAGGAACAAUUGCAAUGGCUGUUGGCCAGAUUGGAAACUUCCUGGCUUACACAGCGGUCCCCACGGUCCUGGUGACUCCUCUGGGUGCCCUUGGAGUGCCAUUUGGGUCCAUUUUAGCUUCUUAUCUUCUGAAAGAAAAGCUCAACAUCUUGGGCAAGUUGGGGUGUCUGCUAAGCUGUGCGGGUUCUGUCGUGCUGAUUAUCCAUUCCCCGAAAUCUGAGAGUGUGACUACUCAGGCUGAGUUGGAGGAGAAGCUGACCAAUCCAGUGUUUGUGGGCUAUCUGUGCAUCGUGCUGCUCAUGCUGCUGCUGCUCAUCUUCUGGAUUGCGCCGGCCCAUGGGCCCACCAACAUCAUGGUCUACAUCAGCAUCUGCUCCUUGCUGGGGAGUUUCACCGUGCCUUCCACCAAGGGCAUUGGGCUGGCUGCCCAGGACAUCUUCCACAACAACCCGUCUAGUCAGCGGGCCCUCUGCCUGUGUCUGGUGCUCCUGGCCGUGCUUGGCUGCAGUAUCAUCGUCCAGUUCAGGUACAUCAACAAGGCCCUCGAGUGCUUCGACUCCUCUGUGUUUGGGGCCAUCUACUACGUUGUGUUCACCACACUGGUCUUGCUGGCCUCAGCCAUCCUCUUCCGGGAGUGGAGCAACGUGGGUCUGGUGGACUUCUUGGGCAUGGCCUGUGGGUUCACCACUGUCUCCGUUGGAAUUGUCCUUAUACAGGUGUUCAAAGAGUUCAACUUCAACCUGGGGGAGAUGAACAAAUCUAAUGUGAAAACAGACUAGGAUGUAACAGGAGAUUGUUUGGCUUGAGGAACAGAAAGAAGAUACGGUCUCUGGUCCUAAUUUGAUGUGAAGAAGAAAAGUAAAUUUACACAAGUGCAUCGCUUGUGUUGGAGUUGCUUGUAUAUGAUGAACAGGCUGGUGGAAAAUGAGAUGCGUUGCUUAGCACUGGAGUGUGGACUCAGCCUUCUGUUCUCUGAAGUUGCUCAAUGGUUGCCUGAGUGUCAUCUCUCUCUGAUGAGAGGAAUCUUAUGUUCAUUGCCAUUAACCUGGAAGCUUUGAUGAAUACUCUUUGCUUUUAAAACACUAUCAUUAUUUAAAUAGAGUGGGCCUAUUCUGGUUAGUGUUUGCAGGGGAACAGAUGUUCUUAUUUAGAAGCUUACUUUGGAAAUAGGAGAAAGUGUUGUCUUGAAGUCUGACUCUACAGUAAAUGUGUCUUUAGUCUUGUUAUUUUGCAUUAAGCACGUAUAACAUUCAGGUGUUCCAUCCAAAUCAAAGGUAUAUACAUUUAAUUGUUUUUAAUCCUCUGAUGUGUUGACUCUCCUACCCCUGACUCCUAGACAUUUUAAUUGGAAACAGAGAGAGAAGAGUGAAUGGAUACCAUAUACUGUUCCAUUUGCAGGAUGAUUUUCAGUAGCUCAAAUCAAUUUCAGUGCCUUUAUCACUUGAACUAUUCACUUAAUUUGACUAUUACUGUGUGUCUGUUCUCUUAGAUUAGAAUAAUGCAACUUCCAUGAUUAUACUUUAGUAUUUCACUAUUCAAACUAUAAAUGUUCAAAGCAGUUAUAAAUUAUAGUAUAUUAUUUAUUGGAAGAGAAUCAAGAUGAAAGACACAUUAGAGUAAGUUGACCCUUUCAGCAUGUGUUAUAGUCCAAUUAAAGACAAUUGAAUAAGUAGCAUGAGGUAUUUUAUUUGUAUUCAGUCUAAUAUAACUGGGAUCCAGUAUUAAAUUUACCCAUGUUCUCAUUCAGUAAACAUUGUGGCCACUAAGAAGAAAUUAUUUAACUUGAUAAUAAGGCUGUUAAAUGAGGGAGUUAACUGUUCAGUGGCACAUGAGUUCAGGAACAAGUUAAAGGACGCAAUUAAGCUUAAGUUUUUUUUUUUUGCUACAAAUUGGAACACACAUAGUUUUAGAAAGAAUUUCUAGCAAAAAUGAAAAGUUUAACCAUCUCCCUGUUGUUUGAGAUGACAAAGCACUCUGCAGUCCCUCACCCAAUCUCUCAUUAAACUUCUGAAAUGCAAAAUAGCCAUUAAUGAUCCCAGUAUUUGGAUCAAAAGAGGUCAUUUGCCUGUCUAUAGUAACCUUCCCUGUGUAUGAAAUAGUAACAAAGCACAGAGUGAUGCAAAUAUUCAUCAAGAUAUCAUAUACUUCAUCUGCAAUAUUGUUCCCCCAACCCCACCCUGCGAGGCAUGUGGGAUUUCCCUACCAGGGACUGAAAUGGUGCCCCAUGCAGUGGAAGUGCAGUCUUAACCACUGGAGCACCAGGCAACUCCUAAGGGCAGUGUUUUGUCUAAAUAGGGAACUAAGCCAAGCUGAAAGAUGGGAUUGAGUAAGGUGAUAGGAUUGACUUGGUGAAGUAGAACAUGGAAUUUAAUAAUACCCAGUUAAAAUUACUAAGGAAUGUCAAUAGGAAAAAAUGUAUUUUUUUUUAGAUGAAAAGAACAUUUCUAAAGACCUAAGGGAUAGUUCCCUAAAGUGUUGAAUAAAGAGGCUAAAUAAAACAAGGAUAGAGCAAAAAACACCCCUAUGAAUUAAAAGUACAUUGGAUGAUCAUGAGUUGUCAGUGAGCUGUGAACUAACAGCAGCAAGAGUAUUUAAAAAAUUUUCUAAAUCUUAUAGUAACUGAUAGUUAAUAAAUGCUCCCAGCAUUUACUGAUAGUAAAAUGCUCCCAGAAAUCCAUUACUCUUUUUAUCAGCUCUUGGAGGUUUGUUUUUUAUCAUCAGUAUUUUUAGGAAUACAGGCCUUAAUUUAUUGAACUGAAUUUUCUAAAAAUGUAGGUGUAUAAAUAUACUUUUCAGCAUAAAAAUAGUUUCCUAGGUAAGGAGUUGAGAUAUUAAAAAAAUACAUGUGACUAUACAAGUAUCAUAAGAAAGUUUAUGGAAAUUACUUUUUUUUUUUUUUGGUUGCAGUUUCCAUGUGAAGCUUAGUUUAUUUAAAUCCAUCUAUUGAUGUUCCUGGUUGCAGUUAAUCUGUGUAUUCCAUAGACACUUAGAGGUGAUAUUUUCUGGAUUAUCUCCCUAUGAUUUUUUUUUUUAGUAAAAUAAAAUCUCAAAGUAUAAACAACUUGUCAUCUCUUGAAGGUGAUAAGCCCCAGAAUAGUUAGACUCUUCCAAAUUUAUAUCUGUUUAGCAGAUUACUUUGGUAGGAUGCACAGCUUUUCUUCCACUGGAAUGCAAUUCAUACCAUCCAUUGUAUUCCAAGUGUGACUGUAGCCUGGAAGUAAUUGACAGACUAGCAGUCUAACAGCCUACUUUUCAGGUUUGACAUAGAGCAUAUAACUUCUGACUUACAGUAUUUAUUUUACAAAUCUGUGUUUUUAUAAUUUAUUUGGAAUUUAAAAAAAUAAAAGCUUUAAAGAGAAAGACCCAGAAUGGGGAUAGGUCUUACAGUGAUCUUUCCAAAAGUAAACAUUUUCAUUAUUAUGCUAUUCUCUGGGUUUUAUCUUUGAUAAAACUAAGGGAAAAAAUUGUCCACUUGUUUUCAAGCCUCCUGUAAAAUCAUAUGUUUGUGAUCAAAACUUGCACAUUUACCUGGAUAGAUACCUAAAUAGGCCAUUUCUCUCCUCUCUUACUUGGACAAUGCCUUGUUUUCUCCUCUGAAUCUUUGCAUUUAAAAAGAUUGCUUCUUGUUCUGCUCAGUGGUUAAGUGUAUAUGGCCUAUUAAGGAUUCUAACCCAAACCCAGCACCAAGAUCACCCUGAGUGUUUUGCUGUUCUAUAGGACUGCUCCACCUCUGCAGAGAAGAAUCCGGAAAGAAAGGGCAGUCUCCCUGCUGCCACAUGGGGAGCAAGAACUCCCCACAGGUGGGUCUUCAGGGGGUAUCAUCGCUCAGAUGUUAUUAUGGUCUUUUCACAUUAGAAAGUUAGUGAAAUACACUUUGCUGCUUUUGGUUCAGCAAUAAGAAAUAUUCUUUCAAGUCCUACUUUUCAAGCCAAUUUGUUAUAUGCAGUUUUAUUUCCAGAAGUUGAUUCUAGCUGUGGUCAAUAGAUUGGGUUUUUCUUUGGGUUUCUCGUCUGAUUGAAGAAAGUACUAUUGAAGUAGGCAGUCACCUCUCAUCUUCCUUCUUCAUUGACCUCUCAGCUCUUUGUAAAUACUGUGCUCACUUCUAGAGGCCAGUUCCUAGACUGUAGUUCCUAGAUCUGUAAAGUGCUUGAGAUGCACUGUCUGUAGGCCUGGAUGAGUCCACGGAGACUGAGGUAUUUGUUGGUCACAGGCUACUGUCAUGCUGCCUAAUUCUUGUUAGGAGAUGACACCUCUCUUUUCUGAGCUUCUCAACUAACCCAGAAGAGCAAUCUGCAGAGCUCUGCCCAUCACUCUUCUUUGAUGCCUACUUGAUCCUGACUUAGAAAUCCUGGGACUGAGUAGGAACCUGCAAAAAGAAGCGUUGGUUUAGAUCUGUUCACGACUGACCAGUUGGCUCCAGUGGUCUGAUGAAGUUGUCCUUACUGUGUCUGACACCAUGGAAAUAGUUCACUCAUCAAGCAGGAUUUGAUGGAAUCUUGGUGUUCUACCUUCUCAGGGACCAAAAACGUAACAUUAACUCCUUAGCAUUGACCUUCCUCUCAAAGAUGUCUGUGUUAUUGAUAGUUUUUCAUGUUUUACUCAUAGUUGUAGCUAGAGGUCUGUUAGAGUUAGGAAGAGAAAGACCAGUUUGUACACCAGUCACACCAUAAAACAGUUUAUCAUAUAAAAUACCUCAACUUUCUGUAUUCCUCACCUCCGCCUCAAAGUUGUACUGGUGAUGAAUUUUGAGGGUCUAUCCUUUAGCUUAUAGGUGAGUUUUCACAUCUGGCCAGAUUCUUAUACCUCCAUCAUAUACUUGAAUAGAUUAAGAAAUAUAGGAAUGGGAACAAGAAUUUGGCCCAACUUCACAACUCAUUUAUUUUCAUAGUAUUUCUCACCAUGUGGUUAAAUGCAACAAAAGAAUUAUAUUUUAAAAAAGUGUAACUUUCUGUUACAUCAAAAAAUACUGUCUAGUGAAAAGUUGAUAUUCAGUAGAACAAUGAUCAUGUAAAUAAGCAUCUAUUUCAAAUGUACCCAAUAUGAAAAAAAGCAUAGUUUAGGCCCCAGAGCAUGAGCCGGGAGGAUUUAUUUGUUCUUUUUUCUAUUUUCCUCUGAAUUGUGCAACUGUAGGUGAGUCACUUAACCUUUCUGUGCCUCAGUUUCUCUACCUCUAAAGGGUGGGAUGGGUCUCCGUGUCUGUGUUAGAGCAUUUGCAUGUUUAGCUUAUGCUGGUCACCUCAGACCAGAGCGCAUGGACAGGACCCCUUGGGAGUGAUGGACUGGGCAUCCUGUCUGCUCAGGACCAUGCUGUAGACACGCAACUUCAAGCACUGAGUAAACAGAGGAAGCGCUGGGUGUAAAGCUUGCAUGAUUUUAUGAAGCUUUAAUUUUCCUUUAUUUUUUUGUUUUAAAAAGAAGGGUUUUAUAUAUUCUGUUGUAAAAUAUGGAAGUUAAACAAGGACUUUAAAAAGCUGCACUGAGAGAUCACAUUCUGAUGGUGUAAUGAGCUUCUCUGACAUUCCACAAAGGUGUAUGUUCUGCAGAAGAAUCAAUGACCUGUAAACCAGAUUAAUUCUGUUGUGUUGAAUUUGUAAUGGGUGAUGCUGAACUUCCUGCUUCCAAGUGGCUCAACCCUGACCAUGAACUACCUGACACCAGGUGAAUGUCAGGAACUCCCAAACCAUUAGUGCCAAAGGGUCACACUGAAAAGCGCAGAAUCUCUUUCAUUUGUCAGACCGUAAUAAUUUGCCCCCAACCCCAACCUCAUGUCAGUGUUUUCACACUUUGGAAAAAUUUAAGAGUACUGUUUUUCAGUAGAAUUCCUGAGUGUUUUUGCCUCUUUAAAUAACUUUCUUGUAAAAUGGAAUAUAAUUGUGAAAGAGGAAUAAAACUAGAUAAAAAAUGUAAAAUGUUGGUUGGUUGCGUAAAAUCUUUUUCAUGUAAACGUAUCAGAAGAGCUUCCAAUUAGCACACACACAUACUUGUCAAUGACUAAUACUUGCUUAUAUUCUGCUUUAUAGAAGUAGUCAUAGCAUGUUGUAAUUGCCUUAUGUAAAUAAAAGGCUAUUUAUUAAGUUUUCCAAUAA